GAGGGAGAGAGUGAGAAAUGGCAUGUUCAUCAUGUAUGGGUAUGGCGUUUCAAGUGAAUUGCUCUGUCCAGAACAAGAAGCCUUCAGCUAUCCUGAACAAUAUUGAGUACUUCAAGACCACACUCUCCACGGCUGUCUCGAAGCAGCCAUUAUUGAGAAGCAUGCAUGUUCCCAUGCAUAUAGAUGUCUUGAAAAUCUUCAAGAACGCUUCUGCAAAAUUGUUGGACGCCUUUGUGGAUUCGGUGUUUGAAUUCAUGGAUCAACCACUGCUUCCAUCUCAGAAAAACUUCAUCCCAGUUGAUGAACUGGAAGGAGAAGGAGUUGUAAUAACGAGCAUCAUCGGUAGUAUCCCAGAUGACUUUACAGACGGAGUUUACGUAAGAAAUGGACCAAAUCCUCUAUUCGGAGGACUGAAAUCAACGAAAUCGGUGUUUGGCAGGUCAAAUCACAUAUGGAUAGAAGGAGAAGGAAUGCUUCAUGCUCUGUACUUUAGGAAGAACGACUUCGUCAACAGCGACGGUAGCAGAUGGACGGUCCAGUACAACAACAGACAUGUCGAAACCGAAACUUUCAAGCUUGAAAAACAAAGAAACAAGCCUUCUUUUCUCCCGGCCGUUGGUGGCGACUCGCCGGCCAUUUUGUCUGCUUAUCUUCUCAAUUUGUUGAGGUUUGGCAUAGUGAACAAGUACUUGAGCAACACCAAUGUCUUUGAGCAUUCGGGGAAGUUCUACUCGAUUGCAGAAAAUUACAUACCGCAAGAGAUUGACAUCCUUACGCUGGAAACUUUAGGCAAUUGGGAUGUCUCUGGAGCUUGGAACAGACCUUUUACCAGCCACCCAAAGAGAGCUCCAGGCACAGGAGAGUUGGUCAUAAUGGGAAUUGAACCAGUUGAACCUUUUUUGGAAGUAGGAGUAGUUUCUGCUGAUGGCAAAGAAUUAAUCCACAAGGUGGAUCUCAAACUCAAUAGGUGCAGCCUUUGCCAUGAAAUAGGGGUUACGAAGAGGUACAAUGUGAUCAUGGAUAUUGCAUUAACCAUUGACAUAAAGAGACUCAUAGAAGGAGGCCCAUUGAUAAAGUAUGACGAGGAAGAAUAUGCAAGAAUUGGUAUAAUGCCACGCUAUGGUGACGCCAGUUCAGUCCGGUGGUUUAAAGUUGAACCCAAUUGCACAUUUCACAUCAUCAAUAGUUUUGAAGCUGGUGAUGAGGUUGUAGUGUGGGGUUGUAAAGCUCUGGAUUCAGUUAUAGGUCCAAUUAGUGAAAGUAGCAGGGUUAGCGAUAGCACAUCAACAGCAGAGGAUGCUAGUAAAUUAUAUUCUCAUGCUUACGAAUGGAGAUUAAACAUGGAGACUGGAGAAGUGAGGGAGAGAUAUCUCACUGGACAAAAGUUUUUCAUGGAUUUUCCUAUGAUUAACGGAAAUUUUACCGGCCUUAGAAACAGAUUUGGCUAUGCUCAAGUGGUAGAUUCAGUUGCGACCUCUACCCCGGGGUCGCUUAAAUAUGGCGGUUUAGCUAAGCUACAUUUUGAAGAGCCAGCUGAGAGAAAAGGCGGAUUAGAACAUGAGGAAAUAAAGGUCGAAAGACAUGUGUUUGAAAAUAACACCUUUUGCAGCGGAGCUGCUUUUGUGCCAAGACAAAGGGAAAGGAGUAGUACAUUUGCUGGUUUUGAAGAAGUAGAAGAAGAUGAUGGAUGGGUUAUUACUUUUGUUCAUAAUGAAGAUACCAAUAUAUCUCAAGUUUAUGUUAUUGACACCAAGGACUUUGACACCAAGGACUUUUGCAGUGAGCCUGUUGCCAAAAUUACAUUGCCGUGCAGAGUUCCAUAUGGAUUUCAUGGAGCUUUCAUGCCAAUCUGAUCUGAAUCUGCAUUUACCCCUCCACGUAUGAAUCAUAUUGUUUCUAGUUUGGUUUGUAGAUGUUGUGUUCUAGAUCUAUGUGCGUACGUAGUGUAUUGCAUUGUCGAUGUAUGAUUUCACUGUUGGUAAUUAACUGUCUUUUUAAUUAAAUAUAAAAGUGAGAGAGUUUGUUUUCUUAAAAUUUUUAAUUCAUAAACCAAACGAAUCCAACCUAUAAA